AUGGGCCACACUUCAUCGAAAUCAGACCGUCGCAACUACAACAAGUCCGGCGGUAGCUAUCAACACCCAUACGGCGCACCACCCCCUUACUCCGACUCGGACGAGAGUCUGGACAAACCUCCGUCGGUACCACCGAAAGAUCGGCGGUCUCGGCGGCCCCGGCAAGAAAACGCGCUCGAGAUACUGCGUCGAUACGACACUGUUUUGAUCGUGGAUGACUCCACCUCUAUGAGAGGCGCUUUAUGGCAUGAGGCCCGCGAAGCUCUCGCGGACCUUGCGAAGGCGGCUGCUACGUACGACACCGACGGGAUUGACAUAUGCUUCUUGAACAGCAAGGAGCAUGGCGAAGGUCUAAAGGAGGCCGACGAAGUUCGCGACAUCUUCAAUCGCGUGAAGCCGACGUUCGGCACCCCGUUGGGUGUCGUCGUUCACAAAGUGCUUAAACGGUACCUGAAGAGGCUCGAGCGCGAGAUACAGAGGGACUCAGAUGCUGACGAGGAAGUCAAGCCUGUCAAUUAUAUCGUCAUCACAGACGGCAGGCCAGAUGACGAAAUUGAGCUCGAGAACGCGAUCGUCAAAUGUGCCACGUUUCUGGACAAACACGAAUACCCGCUAAGUCAGAUCGGCAUUCAAUUCGUGCAGAUUGGCGACGAUCUCCAUGCCACUCAGUUCUUGAAGGACCUUGACAAUACUCUGGCAACAAAAUAUACCACACGUGACAUAGUAGAUACAGAAACGUACAACGGAGUAGUAACUGCCCCCAAGCUUAUAAAACUCAUGCUUGGAGGCAUAAACCGCCGUGUGGAUAUGAAGGGCGGGGAGGUCAUGCUUUAG